AGCUUGAAGCACUGGAGAUGGCAAUCAAGCAGAACACUAUAGCCUUUUUGGAGACUGGCUCCGGCAAGACUCUGAUUGCCAUCAUGCUCCUCCGAAGCUACGCCUAUCUUCUCCGCAAGCCUUCACCUUUCAUUGCAGUCUUCUUGGUUCCCAAAGUUGUCUUGGUCUUUCAACAAGCUGAAGAUGUGAAAAUGCAUACCGACUUGAAUGUGGGCAUGCAUCAUGGAGAAAUGGGAGUUGACUUCUGGGAUCCUGCUACUUGGAAGGAAGAAAUAGGAAAGCAUGAGGUGCUUGUGAUGACACCUACAAUUUUGCUCAAUGGCUUGAGCCAUGGUUUUCUCAAACUAAGCAUGAUAAAGGUUUUAAUAAUUGAUGAAUGCCACCAUGCCAGUGGUAAACACCCUUAUGCUCUCAUUAUGACGGAGUUCUAUCACCGUGAGCUAAGUUCUGCUAGAUCUGAUCUUCCUAGAAUAUUUGGGAUGACUGCUUCCCCCAUAAAGACAAAGAGUGAAAACUCUUUUUGGGAAAAGAUUUGCGAACUUGAAACUAUGAUGAAUUCAAAGGUGUAUACUUGCUGCCUACGGCAUGGCAUGAGAAUGGCAAAGGCGCAUACGUACCCCAGUCUCUCUUCGAGUCUUCAGACCCCACAAAGACGUUCGUUUGUUCAAACUUGUUUAGUUUUGGUUGUAAACGUGGCAUAGAAGUAAAACUAAUUUUAGUAUUUCAUGAUAAUUUUGUACUUUAAUUUAUUUGAAAAUACUUUUAAUUUUUAAUUUUUUUUUUUAAAAAAAUGUCUUAAAACAA